AUCCUCAGCCAGAAGCAGAGACCACUGUGGUCUAUGCCACGAAUUCACCAGCCGCUGGUUCUGAGUGACGACGAGUGCACCCCGCCUUAUCCUUUCGAAUUCCGUGGAUUCCAGAAGACCUGUAAGGUCUCUCGUAUCGAGCGCUCAAGCCUCGACCUGUUCUUCCGGGCUUAGCCACUUCUUUGCUCAGUCGUUCCGCAAAAUUCUUUGAUGCGCGGCGGCGCUUGGCCGAGCAAGGCGGCGUUUUUCCUAGCACGACUGACUGCCAACUUUCGUAGGUGUGCCCCAAGAGCUCCUCUGUCCGCAACCAUGUGCGCGCGAUGGUCGCGCCCAGUCGUCCCUCUUGCAGCUCUGCUCUUCGCGCUUCUCGUGUCCUCCGCAACUGCCACUGCCACUGCCACUGCUGUGCGGCGCAGGGAGCUGCGGAAGACGCAGGCCGCGCGUACGCCCAACGCCACGCUCGUCCUGCUGCCGAACAACACGCUCGGCGCAAAAUGCCUCGACGGCAGUCCCCCCGGCUACUACUUCCGCCCGGGCACGGGGGCGGGCCGGCUGAGCUGGCACAUCUUCCUGCCCGGGGGCGCGUGGUGCGUCACGCCUGCCGACUGCGCCGCCAGGGCCAAAACGCGCCUGGGCUCCACCAAGGGCUUCCCCUCCAACCCCGCGCACUAUGGCGCGCAGCUGAGGCCCGCCUUCGACGGCAUUCUGUCUCCCGACGCGAGCCUCAACCCGUCGCUGUACUCGUGGAACCUCGUACGGCUCAUCUACUGCGAUGGGGGGGGGUACGCCGGCACCAGGGGCCGCUUCAACCUCACUUCGGCCGCCGGCCCGGGGAACUCGAGCAACGCCACGGGCUCAUCCCAGAUCAGCAAGUCAACGAACUCAAGCGUGGCGCCCACAGCACCUAUCUACCUGGACGGGUGGAACAUCAUGCGCGCCAUCAUGCAAGACUUACAGCAGAAUCGUGGCAUUCGCUCAGCCUCGCAAAUUCUGCUUUCGGGCAGUUCAGCGGGCGGGCAGGCAACAGUGAACCUCUGUGAUUGGCUGGCGGCAUCCUUCCCUGCCGCCUCGACCCGCUGCCUCGUUGACUCAGGAUUUUUCUUUGACACGCGCGACCGUGCCAUGAACUACACCUUCAGGGCGCUGGCGCAGAACCUCACCGCGCUCCACCGCCCCGCCAACCCCAACUGCUCUUAUGCCGCCAGGCCAUCACAUCAGUGGAAGUGCUUCUUCCCACAGUACACACUCCACAACGCCUCCACCCCUGUCUUCCUCUUCCACACUCCGUUCGACUAUGUAGCCGCCAUGAUUGGUAACCAGCUCCCGAACAACUACACUUACACAAACGACUGCUUAAGAGAGAUUCUCGACAGCCAAAAGAAUCUCUCGGGCGUUGUGAGGAGCAAAGGAUGGAGCUCGUUGCAGUGGAAACCCAGCUCCGCAUGCUCGCUGUCUGAGCGGGACACUCUAUUCUCGACUGCAUUUGGUCUGUACGACCAGGUGAGGGUUCUUUCACAAGAGAGAACAUCGUUUGGAGCUUAUAUUCCAAUGUCGUCGGUGCAUUCAGGCAUCACAAAUGCGUAUUGGAAUAAGCCAUGGGUAAACCGUGCAUCCAUCUCUAAUGCCUUCACUGUAUGGUCAAGCGUCGCGUUUAAAAACGUCUCCAUCAUACUUUCUCAAUGAUGCUUAACGAAAAGAGUAUUGACUGUACAAUAUGGUACUUUGCGGAAUAAUGGCUUCAUCAUUGU